CGCCGGGACUGCUCCCUCAGCCGCCUCCUGCGCCGCCUGCUCUCCGCCCGCCGCUCCCUCGAAAUCUGCCUCUUCGCCUUUUCCAGCCCGCAGCUGAGCCACGCCGUCCAGCUCCUCCACCGCCGCGGUGUCCGCGGCCGCAUCGUCACGGACGCGCAGUACAUGGGACUCCAGGGUUCCCAGAUCGGCCACCUCCGGAGAGCGGGGAUCCAGGUGCGCCACGACCAGGAGAGCGGGUACAUGCACCACAAGUUUGCCAUCGUGGACAGGAGGAUGCUCAUCACGGGUUCCCUCAACUGGACCACCGAAGCGAUCCAGCAGAACCGGGAGAACGUGCUGGUGGUGGAGGACGCAGAGUACGUGAAACCUUUUCUGGAUGAGUUUGAAAGGAUUUGGGAAGAGUACAAUCCCACCAACUACACCUUUUUUCCCAAAGUCAAUAAAUGA